CUGACGUCACGGUGGGCGGGGCCGGCCCUCGGUCCCGGCAGCGCUCUCCCGGGUGCGGCGGCACGCGCGGAGCGGCGGGUGCGGCCAUGCGGGGCCCGGGCCCGACCCCGAGCCCGAGCCGGAGCCGGAGCCCGAGCGAGACCCCGAGCCCGAGCCCGAGCGCGACCCCCGGCGCGGCGCGGCUACCCCGGCGGAGGCGGCGGGCGCGGGGCGCGCUCUGAGGCCCGGGGGAUGCGCCGCCGCCUCGACCAUGGGCGCCGCCGCCUCCAGGAGGAGGGCCCUGAGGAGCGAGGCCAUGUCCUCGGUGGCGGCCAAAGUGCGGGCAGCUCGAGCGUUUGGAGAGUACCUGUCCCAGAGUCACCCUGAGAGCCGCAACGGCGCAGAUCACCUGCUGGCUGAUGCCUACUCUGGCCACGACGGGUCCCCCGAGAUGCAGCCAGCCCCCCAGAACAAGCGCCGCCUGUCCCUCGUCUCCAACGGCUGCUACGAGGGCAGCCUCUCAGAGGAGCCCGGCAUCAGGAAGCCCGCAGGCGAAGGCCCCCAGCCCCGAGUGUACACCAUCUCCGGGGAGCCUGCCCUGCUGCCCAGCCCUGAGGCGGAGGCCAUUGAGCUGGCCGUGGUGAAGGGGCGGCGGCAGCGGCACUCUCACCACCACAGCCAGCCCCUGCGAGCCAGCCCUGGCGGCAGCCGGGAGGACAUCAGCAGGCCUUGCCAGAGCUGGGCGGGCAGCCGCCAGGGCUCCAAGGAAUGUCCCGGAUGCGCCCAGCUGGCUCCCGGCCCCACCCCUCGGGCCUUUGGGCUGGACCAGCCGCCUCUGCCGGAGGCCUCCGGCCGCCGCAAGAAGCUGGAGAGGAUGUACAGUGUGGACCGCAUGUCUGACGACACCCCCAUUCGUACCUGGUUCCCCAAAGAAAAUCUUUUCAGCUUCCAGACAGCAACCACAACUAUGCAAGCCAUCUCGGUGUUCAGGGGCUACGCGGAGAGGAAGCGCCGGAAACGGGAGAAUGAUUCCGCGUCUGUAAUCCAGAGGAACUUCCGCAAACACUUGCGCAUGGUCGGCAGCAGGAGGGUGAAGGCCCAGACGUUCGCUGAGCGGCGCGAGCGGAGCUUCAGCCGGUCCUGGAGCGACCCCACCCCCAUGAAAGCCGACACUUCCCACGACUCCCGAGACAGCAGUGACCUGCAGAGCUCCCACUGCACACUGGACGAGGCCUUUGAAGGUCUGGACUGGGACACUGAGAAGGGCCUGGAGGCCGUGGCCUGCGACACGGAGGGCUUUGUGCCACCAAAAGUCAUGCUCAUUUCCUCCAAGGUACCCAAGGCCGAGUACAUCCCCACCAUCAUCCGCCGGGAUGACCCCUCCAUCAUCCCCAUCCUCUAUGACCAUGAGCACGCAACCUUUGAGGACAUCCUGGAGGAGAUAGAGAGGAAGCUGAACGUCUAUCACAAGGGAGCCAAGAUCUGGAAGAUGCUGAUUUUCUGCCAGGGAGGCCCUGGACACCUCUAUCUGCUCAAGAACAAGGUGGCCACCUUUGCCAAAGUGGAGAAGGAAGAGGACAUGAUCCACUUCUGGAAGCGGCUGAGCCGCCUGAUGAGCAAGGUGAACCCAGAGCCGAACGUCAUCCACAUCAUGGGCUGCUACAUUCUGGGGAACCCCAACGGGGAGAAGCUGUUCCAGAACCUCAGGACCCUCAUGACUCCUUACAGGGUCACAUUCGAGUCGCCCCUGGAGCUCUCAGCCCAAGGGAAGCAGAUGAUCGAGACGUACUUUGACUUCCGCCUGUAUCGCCUGUGGAAGAGCCGCCAGCACUCGAAGCUGCUGGACUUUGAUGAUGUCCUGUGAGGGACAGGCCUCUGCCCAGCCACCAUCAGGCCGCUCCCUCUGCACGGGGACCGGGGGCUGGGCCACCUCGUGCUCCCCGGGACUGUUUGGCUCUGGUCCUGCCUGGAGCCACUUCAGGGCACCUCAGACGUUGCUCAGGUUCCCCCGUGGGGCCCGGUCCUCGCCGCACCCAUGGCCACAGAGGCCGCGGUCCCUGGGGGCCGGGAGGAUCCCGCCCCGUGGCCAGUGGAUGCCCAGCGGCCAGGCACCGACCAGCCAUGCCUCGCCUGGAGGCUCGGCUUUGGGAAUCCCCUCUAUGGGGUUCAUAGAAAUAAGUGCAAUUUCUACACCCCCAAAACAAUUCAAAGGGAAGCAGCAUUUCUUGUUAACUAGUUAAGCACUAUGCUGCUGGUGACAGAGCAGGCACCGCAGCCCGGCAGCCCGUGUGUGUUCAGGACCCUCUCUACGCCCCAUCCCUGCCGUAUUCAUCACCAGCACCAGGGUGGCCCGUCUGUGUGGGGCCGGUGUUGCCGGGCUGCUGAGCCCGGCUCUGUCUACACCGGCUGAGUCUCCCUUCCCCUCCUCCCGCCCCCCCAUCCCCGCUUACUCAGACCUCAGCCGGCGUCUGGGCAGCAGGAGGGAAGGGUGCACCAUCCCCCAGGAGGCGCCGGGUCGGGCCGCUCCCGUCCCCCCCCCAGCCCACCCAGCACUCUCAUUGCUGCUGUUGAGUUCAGCUUUUACCAGCCCCGACCUGGAGGCUUCAUCCCAGCACAGAGGCCUGGGGCUUGGCAGGGGCCCGGCUGGGGCAGGCCCAGGUUUCAAGAACUUUCCAGCACUGCAGUGGGCCCCGGACCCGGCUGAGUAGCUGGUGGACUUAGGGGCUCCCGACUCGGCAGGGAAGCUCCCAGCUUUGUCCAGGGCCGGCAGGAUGGGCUCUCAUGUAUAUAGCUGGGGCCAGGGGGCAGGACCCCCUUGUGCAGAGCCAGGGGUCUGAGGGCACCUGGCUGUGUUCCGGCUGAGGGAGGGCUGGGGCGGGGGCCGGGCUCCGAACGAUGUACGAUACCCCCUCAUAGUGACCAUUAAACCUGAUCCUCCACGUG